GGUGGGCGGGAGCUCGGCCCAGGCAGCCGCCACGCGUUCGUGAUUGGCAACUGGGGGGGCGUGCAGCCCGAGAGCGGCGGCCCGCCGACGCCCGCGGACUACACGCGGCGUCAAGUUGUGCCGGAAGACCUGCAGAUUCAGCAAAACGUGGCGAAGGCCAUGGCCGACCGCGCAGAGGCGUCGGCUCCAGACUACGUGCUUAACGCAGGGGGCAACUUUCACAAAAUGGGCAUUAGUGCCCACUGCGACGCCUUCGAGACGCCCGCCGACACGCCCCAGUGGGCCGACAUCUAUGAGAACAUGUACGUUGGGCCCAUGGCAGACGUGCAGUGGCUUUGCGUCCUGGGGAGCGUGGACUACGGCGGGUCCACUUUCACCGCCGGCUGGGAUCAGCAGAUUGCCUACACUUGGGAGCGCCCUCCUCCCUGGAGUGGCCGUUGGAUACUGCCAGCGCAGUACUACAGCUCGAGGGUGUUGUACGAUGACUUCACCGUGGAGUAUUUCUUCGUGGACAGCAAUCGUUGGAGCGCCUAUCCCAAGGUGGUGCUCGGCGCACCUCCCAGGCUGGAGCACAUGCACUCAGCCGACCCAGCGCCGCCGCAUGCAGCGCAAGGCACGACCGCGGGCCUGGCGAACACGUUCAUGGAGGGGGUCGGAGUGGACGACAAUACGUUCUUCAGCCUUUGUAGCAGCGUAGGUGACCUGUCUGAGUCGCUCACACUGUGCGACAUCACCGAGAGUUGCCAGAGCGUCAUUGUCUACCAGUGCAUGUCGUUCUUCGCGUGCGCGAGCACGUACACCGUGUCCGAGAUCGCUGCCGCAGGUUCGGGCACGGGCUCGUGCACGUGGUCCAAGGUGGGCGACUCGACAACGGGCACCACGCUGACUCUGACGACGACCUCUGUGACCGCGACCACGAAGACCGACAUUGCGUUCGUGGAGGGCCCUAGGGUCGAUGACUUCGCGUUUUUCAUGUACUGCGACACCAGCUUCGGCACCCUGGAACAGGCGGAGGCGACCUGCAAUGCCAUGGCAGGAUGCCAGAUUCUUCACUCGUGCGGGUGCACCACGACAACGUGGGUCGCCUGCAGCGGAAGCCCGGAGGACCUCAUGACAAUCGGCGGCGGCACGGACGCAUGCACUAUGAUUGACGCCAGCACGACAACUACACACAACUCGAUCAACAUUGACAAUAACCACCGCUACCACAACCACUUUGAGCACCGAAAGCAAGACCACCGCCAUUUCAGCGAGCAGCGGCACAGCGACGAGUUCAACGACGCGCUCAACGAAGACGGUUACAACAUCUACAUUGAGCACCCGCAGCGAGACCAGCUUCACAUCGGUGAGCAGUGCCACAGCAACGACCACGAGUGUGACAACGAUAAGCGUGACGACAACAACGUGGACAACAACGACCGUCACAAUUACGAAUACCAUUACGAUGACCAGCUCGUCUACGAUUGCCACAACUAUCAGUUCGAUCUCAAGCACCACAGGCACAACAGGAACCAGUACCAAGACGACGGUGAGCACCACCACGGGACGACUAGCACAAGUGCCACAUCUAUGAGUUCGAUCUCCAGCACCACUGGCACAACAGCCACCACUACGACGACGACUGUGAGCACCACCAGCGAGAAAAGCAGCGCAACUGCCACAACUACCACGUGGACAUCCAGCACAUCAGGGACGACAGCCACAGCUACCAAGACGACUGUGAGCGCCACCAGCGGGACGACCAGUACAAGUGCCACAUCUAUGAGUUCGAUCUCCAGCACAUCAGGCACAACAGGAACCAUGACUACGACGACGGUGAGCGCCACCAGCGUCACGACCAGCACAAGUGCCACAGCUACCACUGGGACAUCCAGCACAUCAGGCACAACAUCCACCAAAACCACGACGACUGUGAGCACCACUAGCUUGACAACUUCCACUACUAGCCGCACUCACACACUUCCGCAACUACCCACACCACCAGCGGGACGACCAGCACAAGUGUCACAAGUAUGA